UGUCACUUCCCCAUCAAUGAGCAGUGAAUUUGGCUCAAAAGUUAUCCCACCUAAAAGAAUCCUGAAGAUGCUUCCUGAAUUAUUUGACCAUCAGGAUCAGAAUGUCCGAGCUUGUUCUAAGGGCCUAACAUUGGAACUAUGUCGAUGGGUUGGGAAGGAUCCAGUGAAAUCUAUACUUUUUGAAAAAAUGCGAGAUACAAUGAAAAAAGAACUUGAGGCUGAGCUUGUUAAUAUUACCGGGACUGCAAAGCCAACUCGCAAAAUAAGAUCUGCCCAAGACAAGGUGCUAGAACAGGAUGCUAUUCCUAGGACAGCUUGCUCUGGCCCUUCUGAAGAAUCAGCUGUCGACACCCCACAAGAAAUAGAUGAAUAUGAACUUGUUGAUCCUGUUGAUAUUUUAACUCCUCUUGGAAAGUCUGGUUUUUGGGAUGGAGUGAAAGCUGCAAAGUGGUCAGAACGAAAGGAUGCUGUUGCAGAGUUAACAAAGCUUGCAUCGACAAAGAGAAUAGCACCUGGAGAGUUUUCAGAAAUUUGCCGCACAUUAAAGAAGGUCAUAACUGAUGUGAACAUUGCUGUAGCUGUUGAAGCCAUACAAGCAAUUGGGAAUCUUGCUAGGGGACUAAGAACCCAUUUUUCAGGGAGCUCACGGCUCCUACUACCUGUUUUACUGGAAAAAUUGAAAGAGAAAAAGCCUGCUUUAACAGAGGCACUAACUCAAACACUCCAGGCAAUGCACAAGUCUGGCUGCUUAAAUCUCUCAGAUAUUGUUGAAGAUAUUAAGGCAGCCACAAAAAAUAAAGUUCCACAUGUUCGAUCUUUGACAUUGAACUGGCUCACAGUUUGUAUUGAAACAAGCAGCAAGGCUAUUAUUCUCAAAGCUCAUAAAGAGUAUGUUCCAAUUUGUAUGGAGUGCGUGAGUGAUGGAACACCAGAGGUUAGAGAUGCUGCAUUUUCAGCUUUGUCAGCUAUUGCUAAGUUGGUUGGCAUGCGACCGUUAGAAAAAUCAAUUGAAAAGCUUGAUGAUGUCAGAAGGAAGAAGCUUUCUGAAAUGAUUGUCGGGACUAGUGAAUCUGAUGGUAGCUCAGUUGCAGUGCCAUCUUCUGGAGCAAUUGUACCUUCCUCCAUGGCAUCAGAUGGAUCAUUUGUUAGGAAGUCAGCUGCUAGUAUGCUUAGUGGGAAAAAAGCUGUUCAGGCUGCUCCCAUCAAUAAGAAAGCAGUGCCUGCAAAACCUGGAGCUGCCAAAAAAGGGGACGGAGGCGGGCAGUUGAAACUGUCCAAGUCUGUGGAUAUUGAAGAUGUAGAGCCAGAAGAUAUGAGUCUCGAACAGAUCGAGAGCAGAAUAGGUUCCCUUAUACAACCGGACACAAUUUCCAUGUUGAAGAGUCCAGUAUGGAAAGAGAGGGUUGAAGCUAUCUUGUCAUUUAAAGAGCAGGUUAAGGCACUUGAAGAACUUGAUCCAUCAGUAGAGAUUUUGAUUCGAUUGCUAUCUGUUGUCCCUGGAUGGAAUGAAAAAAAUGUUCAGGUCCAGCAGCAUAUCAUCGAUGUUAUUUCCCAUUUAUCUUCAACAACAUCAAAGUUCCCUAAAAAGUGUGUUGUACUUUGCCUUCAAGGUAUCUGUGAAAGAGUUGCUGACAUCAAGACACGUGCUCAAUCCAUGAAAUGCCUUACUACUUUCUGUGAAGCUGUUGGCCCAAGAUUUAUUUUUGAGAGGCUGACUAUGAUCAUGAAAGAGCACAAGAAUCCUAAAGUUCUUAGUGAAGGCUUGUUGUGGAUGGUCACCGCAAUUGAAGAUUUUGGUGUUUCACAUUUAAAACUCAAGGAUGUAAUUGAUUUUUGUAAGGAUGUUGGCUUGCAAUCCAAUGCUGCUGCCACACGAAAUGCGACAAUUAAACUUAUUGGUGUCCUACACAAAUUUGUUGGCCCGGAUAUCAAGGGAUUCUUAUCAGAUGUAAAGCCAGCUCUUCUAAGUGCUCUUGAUGCAGAAUAUGAAAAAAACCCGUUCGAGGGUACAUCCUCUGUACCAAAGAGGACAGUGAAGGCAUCAGAUUCUGUAUGUGUGUCUGGUGGUGGGUUAGAUAGUCUCCCACGUGAAGACAUAAGUGGAAAGAUUACACCUGCUUUGCUUAAGGGUUUAGAAAGUUCAGAUUGGAAGAUUAGGUUGGAAUCCAUUGAAGGUGUAAAUAAAAUUUUAGAAGAGGCCAACAAGCGCAUUCAGCCUACUGGCACUGGAGAGCUGUUUGGUGCGCUUUGGUGUCGGCUGUAUGAUAGCAAUAAGAAUAUUAUCAUGUCAACUCUAUCUACAGUUGGUGCGGUUGCAUCUUCUAUGGGGCCAGCAGUUGAGAAGUCGUGCAAGGGCAUUCUCUCAGAUAUAUUAAAAUGUCUUGGUGACAAUAAGAAGCACAUGAGAGAGUGUGCUUUGAACACACUUGAUGCUUGGGUAGCUGCUGUUCAUCUAGAUAAAAUGGUACCAUAUAUUACUGCUUCACUGACGGAUGCUAAAAUUUGUGCGGACGGGCGUAAAGAUCUUUUUGACUGGUUAUCCAAACAGCUUACUGCAAUGAAAGAAUUUCCUGAGGCACUUUUUCUUCUAAAACCUGCUGCUUCUGCUAUGACGGAUAAAUCAGCUGAUGUUCGGAAAGCAGCUGAAUUUUUAUUUGGUGAAAUUCUGAGAAUUUGUGGACAGGAGAUGGUGACCAAGCAUUUGAGACAUAUUCACGGGCAUUCUUUAGCCGUCGUCAUUGAACGGCUAAGACUGCAUGGGGGCUUACAAGGUUCAUUUGAAUCAGGCAAAACAAUAACAACUGUGCUCACGAGCAAAAACAGCCAAAUGUUGGGAAAAUCCAAUGCCCCUGCACCUCGCUAUGAAAACAGAAGAGUUUUUCCUGUGAAGAGUUUGAAGCAUGAGUCCCUCAUGUCUGCUCAGGGGAUCAGUUUACAGUCACAAGCUUUGAUAAAUAUUAAGGACUCCAACAAGGAUGAGAGAGAGAGAACUGUUAUUCGCAAAUUUAAGUUUGAGGAGCCACGUCUUGAACAUAUUCAAGAUCUUGAGAGUGAUUUGACAAAGUUUUUCAGAGAAGAUUUCCACCGGAGGCUUUUAAGCUCCGACUUCAAGAAGCAAGUUGAUGGGAUUGAAAUGUUACAAAAGGCGCUGCCAUCUUCAAGAAAGGAAAUAAUUGAAGUUUUUGACAUACUCUUAAGGUGGUUUGUCUUGAGAUUCUGUGAAUCUAACACUGCAUGCAUAUUGAAGGUGCUUGAGUGCCUUCCAGAGCUUUUUGAUAUGCUGAGGAAUGAAGGCUGCACCAUGACAGAAGCUGAAGCAGCCAUUUUUCUUCCAUGCUUAGUUGAAAAGUCUGGUCACAAUAUUGAGAAAGUCAGAGGAAAAAUGCGAGCGCUGAUGAAAAAAGUAAUUCUCACACACUCUGCGGCGAAGACUUUUCCAUAUAUUUUGGAGGGAUUGCGUUCUAGAAACAGUCGUACAAGGAUAGAGUGUGUUGAUCUUAUUGGCUUCUUACUAGAUAACCAUGGAACAGAGGCACGAUUUCAAACUGAAUUUCUUCUUUUUUUAAAAUCUUUGCAAAUUGUGUGCAGUUUAACUUUAGAGCGGAAUGGUGAACUUCGGAAGGCUGCAUUAAAUACUCUAGCUCUCGGUUACAAGUUAUUGGGUGAUGACAUCUGGAGAUAUGUUGGAAAGCUAACAGAGGCUCAGAGUAGCAUGUUAGAUGAUAGAUUCAAGUGGAAGGCUCGGGAGAUGGAAAAGAGGAGGGAGGGGAAACCUGGUGAUUCUAGGGCUGCUUUGAGGCAAUCUGUGAGGGAUAUUGGGUCUGAUCUGGCAGAGGAAAGUGGUGAAGUUUCCAGGUCCAUCGCCUGCCCAAUCUUAAACAGAGAGAAUUGCAACCAAUCUGAACUUCCCAUCAAGAGACACUUAAUACCUUUCCCAAUUUCUGGAACUAAUUGUCCCACAGACUGGAAUGAAGCAUUGGAUAUAAUAGCAUAUGGUUCUCCCGAACAGUCAAUAGAAGGAAUGAAAGUUGUAUCCUAUGCGUUGGGGCUAGCAAUGGGUGACCCUGAAGGCAGUGUAAUGGAACAAGUUUUAAAAGAUGCUGAUAAACUUGUAUCCUGCUUAGCAAAUAAGGUUUCCAAAACAUUUAAAUUUAGUUUGACGGGUGACUCAUCGAGGUCCUGUAAAUAUGUUCUCAAUACACUUAUGCAGACUUUUCAAAACAGAAAUCUGGCUCAUGCUGCCAAGGAGAGCACCCUUAUGGUUCUCAUUACAGAGCUUCUUCUCUGGCUUUUGGAUGAAAGAGUUCACCGAAUGGAUGAUGGCAGUCAGCUUCUGAAAGCCUUGAAUGUUCUGAUGCUUAAGAUCUUGGUUCUCCAAGGUACCAUAUAUGAUGUUGACCUUGAUAGAAUUCUUCAAAGCAUUCAUGUAUACCUGCAAGAAUUAGGCAUGGAGGAGGAAAUCAGGAGGAGAGCUGGAGCUGAUGACAAACCAUUACGGUUGGUGAAAACAGUUCUGCAUGAACUUGUUAAGCUUCAUGGAACUGCCAUAAAGGGCCACCUUUCAAUGGUUCCUAUUGAUAUGCAUCCACCGCCCAUCAUUCUUGAAUGCAUUGAUCUUCACCUUCAGACAUUAGCAGGUGCAAGAAUGUUAACACCUGUGCCCAGACAAACACAUUUGGAUGAUAUCGGUGCUAACAAUUCCACACUGGCAAACGAUUCUGAUCCACAGAUAAAGCAAGAAUGAGCUGCAAUAUUCAAGAAGAUUGCCGAUAAGCAAACAUGUAAGAUUGGUCUCUCUGAGUUAUAUACAAUUACACAACAGUAUCCCAGGGUAAUUUGCAGACAUGUCUUAUUUUUGUUAAUUAUGGAAGUUCUAUCACUAGUCCUAUAUAGUGUUUAUGAUGGUUUUCAGGUCAACAUUUUCUCUCAGCUGCAGGAUUCAAGUGAAGAAGCGUUUAGGACAUAUAUUAGAGAUGGUUUAGCACUGGUCUGUAUUUCUC